AUGCUUCAAAACACACAAGAAAUUACAUACAUACACAGAACCGUACCGUUUAGGAGUAAUAUAGUGAGAGGCAAAAUGAAAGUUGUCUACUUCCUUGUUACCAUCUUGGCUUUGGCAUCCUCUUUUGCCUCUGCCUAUGACCCCAGCCCUCUACAAGACUUCUGUGUGGGAAUCAAUGACCCAAAAGAUGGUGUGUUUGUGAAUGGAAAAUUCUGCAAAGACCCUGCUCUUGUAAAAGCUGAAGAUUUCUUCAAACAUGUUGAACCUGGGAAAACCUCUAAUCCACUUGGCUCUAAAGUGACCCCUGUCACAGUUGAGCAGCUAUUUGGACUAAACACACUUGGCAUAUCUUUGGCUCGCAUAGAUUUUGCACCUAAAGGUUUAAACCCUCCACACACUCACCCUCGAGCCACAGAGAUCCUUAUAGUCCUUGAAGGAACUCUCUACGUUGGAUUUGUCACAUCCAAUAACGCAAAUGGUGGUAAUCGUCUCUUCACUAAAGUUCUCAACAAAGGUGAUGUUUUUGUGUUCCCAAUUAGUCUCAUUCAUUUCCAAUUGAAUGUGGGAUCUGGAAAUGCUGUUGCUAUUGCUGGAUUGAGUAGUCAAAAUCCUGGAGUUAUUACCAUUGCAAAUGCUUUGUUUAAAGCUAGUCCUCCAAUUUCUCAAGAGGUUCUUACCAAAGCUUUACAGGUGGAUAAGAGCAUAAUUGAUAAUCUUCUAAAGAAGUCUUGGUAUGACAACAACUAAUAUUAAUACUCGUUUCAUUCAGAUUGUAUAAGACACUUGUACUGAUGUCACCUCAUGCAAUAGCCUUCUCUAUACAAUUGCUAUUGUAAUAAAUAAAAUAAAAUGCAUGCUUUAUUUUUUGA